UGGUCGGUCAAAAUUGGAUGACGCAAGCUGAAUCGCUUGUACCACCCACGUCCAGGGGGACUCAUGGUUGACGGACAAGAUCUGCGACGCUGCUGCGAUGAUCUCGCUUCGGUCAACUGACUACCCAGCAUGCUGCCUGGCUCCAAUCCACGUGACAAUGUCAUGCUCGACAUGCAUGGGUAGCGUUGUCUUUAGGCCACGUUUUUCGGUGGUUGGCGCACCGACUUCCUUAACCUUCUUAAGUGUGCGAAAGAACGUGCUCCGCGAUAUAUCGGAUCUCCGAGCAACGGCGGCGACACUUUCGCCGGCUUGGACGCGCUGUACGGCUUCCAAAGUCUUUUGGUUGACAGGCAUCACUGAAAAUACCGCGAAACUCAAACUAAAUGACAGUAAUUCUAUUGUUUGACGGGGG